GUGUUGGGCGUGGAGUGCAAUAAACUAAGACACCGAUCCUUGGCCGACUCGGUUAAUAUUUUCUUUAUUAAGUUCAGAAACGAAUUAUCAAGAAAGGGUUUCAAAUUCGCUACCUCUCUUCAGAAAUCAGAAUAGUAAAAGGUUUUGGCUGUUUGGCAAUGUCGAGCAAUAAAGAUGAUGGAGCAGCGGAGAGAAUCAAGGCAGCUGCUCUAUCAGCUGCGAAGGGGCUGAGCCGUGCCCAGGCGGAGCGGGCUGCCACUGCGGCUGCACGGAAUGUGAAUGCAUAUGGGCAGAAGGAAGAGGGCCCGAGUAGAUGGCAAGAGAGGAAAGAAGCCAAGAGGCAAAUGUAUUUGAUGAGUACUGAGAAACAAGUGAGAUUGGGUGAAAGGAAGGAUCUCAAGAGCUCGACUUCAUCAGUUGCUUCAGCUUCGCAAUGCCAGAAGUGCUACCAGAUGGGGCACUGGACCUACGAAUGCAAGAAUGAGAGGGUUUACAUCUCAAGACCUUCGCGAACACAGCAGCUGAAGAACCCGAAGCUGAGAAUGAAGGUCUCCAUCUCUUACGACUUGGAUAACCCGGAUGUUCCCGUGGAGGAUAAGGGUGAAAAGCGGGUGAAGAAGAGCAAGAGGAAGCAUAAGUCUGAUAAGGGGUCUGAUAACGAUAGUGAGGCCUCAGUUUUUGAAUCUGACAGUGUCGCCUCUUCAGUGACGGGUUCAGAUGAGUCUUCAGGGGACAGCGAGUCCAGUGAUAGUUCCUCGACUGAUUCUGAAGAGGAGAGAAGGAGGAGUAGGAAGAGCAAGAAGAAAAAGAAGCAGCAGAGGAAGAGAAGGCAUCGGAGUUACAGCUCUUCAUCGGAGUCCUCAGAGUCUGAUUCUGGUUCGGACUCUGAAUCUGAGGAUAGGAGUAGUCGAAGGAAGGGUAAGAGCAGGAGGCAUGGCAAAAGGCACUGAGUGGUGAAAGUUGUGGACUUUUUCUCUACUGAGAUGAAGUGAACUAGUGUUUUGAUACUCUCCUCUUCUUCUAUUAGGAAUUAGGCUUGUUUGCGUUGAGCCGUGCUUUUUUGUUGUUGUUCAUGUUGUUUCGUAAUUGAGAAGGAGAUCGAUGUAUGAUUUGUUUGACAUUUGAGAAGCUCUCUAGCUAUGAUGAUAUGAAUAUUUCCAUGGAGGUCAGCUUAAUAAUAAUAGCUAUGUUACAGUUA